UGCAAAAUACCAGCUAUUUCUAAAGGAAACAUACUAUAUGUCUAUCUAUUAUUCCAUUUAUGUUCACAGAUCAUGUAUUAUUAAUAAAGUUUUAACAGUAAAAAGAGGGCAGUGUCUGUGUGAAGCCUGUCAGUCCCGCAGCGCGUGCUAUGUUUGUUCGCAUCGUGACAUGAAGUGAAAUGACGCAGCGUGGCUCCAGCCCUCGUGAUCGUUUCAUUGAGGACCUCCUACGCUCGCUAUUCGCCGGGAGCGGGCGGUGUGUUCGUUGGCUGGUAUCUCCCCUCCUACCGGUGCGGCUUCAAACGCAUGGCGGAGGCUAUGCACGGGACAAUGACCUUGCUGUUUAGAGCAUGGAGCUAACGCGCUGCCGGGACUUUUUACAGGACUGCUGCGAAGGCUGCCCGCGUACUGCGUUUAUAGGCUGCCCUCCGCGUCCCGGUUGUUUACUAUGAAGCUGAGGGAGAAGGCUCGUUGUAGGAAAGCCAUGCCUAUGUGCGGGGCUGGGUAUGUGAUGCCCACCUUUCUCCUAUGUGCCUACGGGUUCUUCGCUAACCUCAGGCCGUCUGAGCCUUUCCUCACCGCGUUCCUGCUGGGGCCAGACAAGAACCUGACUGAGAGACAGGUCUACAAUGAAAUCUACCCCGUUUGGACGUAUUCAUACCUGGCGUUGCUAUUCCCUGUAUUCCUUGCUACAGACUAUCUCCGAUAUAAGCCAGUUAUUAUUUUGCAGGGUUUGAGCCUCAUUGUUACAUGGUUCAUGCUCCUGUAUGCACAAGGGACUUUGGCCAUUCAGUUCCUUGAAUUUUUCUAUGGUAUUUCAACUGCAACUGAUGUAGCUUAUUAUGCUUAUAUCUACAGUGUGGUCGACUCAAGCAUGUUUCAGAAAGUUACCAGCUAUUGUCGCAUUGCAACACUAACUGGUCUCACGGCUGGCUCUGUUAUGGGUCAGAUUCUUCUCUCAGUGGCCAACUGGUCUCUGUUUAGUUUGAACGUGAUUUCGUUAAUCAGCGUCUCUAUUGCAUUUUCUGCUGCAUGGUUUUUGCCAAUGCCAAAGAAAAGCCUUUUUUUCCAUCAAAACUCCAGUAGGGAAAUAAAUGUUACGGGACCUUCACACAAAGACUCUAUUAACAAUGGCGACUUGAGAUGCGGUUCAGAGUCUGAAGACAUUGAAGCACAGAUUCCGUUAAACAACGAAAACUCCCCAGCUGAUAAUCGGGUUGAAGAAAAUACCGUCAACUUACUAAUGGUACUAAGAAUACUUUGGAAUGAUUUUCUCAACUGCUAUUCCUCCCGCACACUGUUGUGUUGGUCCGUCUGGUGGGCCCUGUCAACAUGUGGUUACUGUCAAGUAGUGAACUAUGUUCAAGGAUUAUGGCAAAACCUUGCACCGCCUUCCCAUUCAGACUCCUACAAUGGAAUCGUGGAGGGCGCUUCUACACUGUUAGGAGCUGUUGCAGUUUUCGCUGUUGGUUUCAUCAAGAAAUCAUGGUCCACGUAUGGGGAGCUGGUUCUUGCUUUCUUCUCGUUGGCCAUCACUGUUUGCAUAUACAUCAUGGAUACUUUUCUCAGCAUUUGGGUGUGCUAUGCAUCAUAUGUUGUCUUCAGAAUUAUCUAUAUGCUCCUCAUCACUAUUGCAACAUUUCAGAUCGCAGCAAGCUUGAAUAUGGAGCGUUAUGCCCUUGUGUUUGGAGUAAACACAUUUGCUGCUUUGGUGUUACAAACUUUAAUGACUUUAAUCGUUGUGGAUUCCAGUGGCCUCGGAUUAGAUAUACCGAUGCAAUUUAUGGUUUAUGCUGGAUACUUCGCAGUCAUUUCUGUUAUCUUCUUUGUGAGUGGACUAUAUCAUCUUAUCAGUGACUGGCUAAGGAAAAGAGAAGCACCGGAGUCCUCGGGGGUUGGAUAAAUGGGCCAACAUCAAGAGGCAGAUGGGUUGAAGGAUCACGUUGGAAUAAUAUGUUCUUUGAAUAGUGCACUUAGAAUUAAAGCCUUAUUAAUACUG